GAGGGUCGAGAGGUAGAAGAUGAGGGUAAUUUCGUUACGGAAGGGAAGGGCAACAUAGUUUACUAAAAGUAACGAGAUCACGCUAAUUAUUUUUAGCAAAACAUAAAAAUAAAAUCGUAAUUUUCUCUUUUUAAAAUGUUAUAGAGCCAAUAUAAGUAUGCAUAUGAGCCCACAGAAACGCGUUGUUACGUAUCUAUUUUUGAUAGUGGAAGAUAAGGCUGAAAAAGACUAUAGAAGAGGGUUUUUUAAAGACUACGCCACAGGUGGGAGUAAAGCCAAAUGGGAAGUAAAAGGAUGGCGUUAUUUCUGAUUGUUUUCUUCUUCUACUUGUAUUUAUUAGCUUCUUCAUUUCCACUUCACAAGCCCGCUAUUGUUUCAGAUUUUUUGCAGGAGCAUAAUUUCGGACCUGGAGGAAGACAUGAAAAUGAAUUCAAUGGAAGAAAUGGUAUAAUACAUGUUAGCAAAUAUGCGCAUGGAAGUGGCGGUGGGGUGGGGGAGGCAGCAGCCAUGAAUGGCGGAGGGGCAAACGGUGGUGGAUCAACUGGUGCAGCUGAAGGUGGGAAUGGGAAUGGUAAUACACAAGGAGGCCAAGCAGUUAUCCCUGUUAUUGUAGCUGGUGCUGCUAAUAAUAAUCGCCACCAGAGACACCGUGGGGCUGCUAGUUGCAACAAGAACUGCAUAAGAUUUCCUGCUAUGAUAGUGGCAGCUUCGGCCAUUAUUAUUGUGCAUUUAUGUGUGGCAUUUUGAUGCAAAAAUAGAUUUCGAGUUUAUGUUUGCUUCCUGCAACAUAUAGCACCUAGCAGUAAAGAAAGCUGUGGUGUACAAUUAAUAUCUGUAGCUUGUGAAUAGUAAGAUAUAUGUAACGAUUAUGUACAAUUAAUAUCUAUAAAUUACUAUUUAUUAAGGUUUGCAAGAUUAA